AUGUAUUAUCUAUUUAUUCAAGUUUUUAUAAUUUUUUUUCCUUUCUUUAAUUCUUCUUCUUUCUCUUUCUUUUCUAACAAUUUUCUUUCUACAUGCAGCCUGCUGCUUCUGUUUUCUUUUCUCUCAUUCCUUAACUUCCAUUCCAUCUUUAUUAUAGAUUCACAGUUACCUCCCUUACGCCGACUUUUUUUUUUAUUCAUAUUCAACAUUCUCAACCAUUCCAGACAUAAUGCACAAAUCUAUCUGUCGCUGCUGGGUCAUUAUCUGUCUGUCUAUCUAUCUAGCUAUCUAUCUGUCUAUCUCAUCCGUACUUCCAUUUUUCCUUCAAACUUUUGUCUCUUUUUCCUUCUUUCAUUUUUUCUAGUCAUUUUGCCUCUUUUUUCUUCUUUCAUUUUUCUGUUAGUUUUGCUCUUUUCAUUUCGUUUUCUUCUCAAAUUUCUUUUCCCCUCUUUUGUUUCUUUCAAUUUAUUUUAUUUUGAAAGAAAAAAUAUCCUUUUGCCUCUUGUUAAUUCUUUCAUUAUUCUUUCAAUUAUUUCUCUGUUUUUCUUUCAAAUAUUUUGUCUCUGUUUCAUUUUUCUUUCCCCAUUUUUUUCUCUUUAUUUUUCUUAA